GCUCAGACUUGUAUGAAUCUAGCCAUUAACCCUCCCUACCGUCGUAGAGUGUCGCUGCACCUCUGCGCAUUGGAAUCCAGUGUGCGCUGACGGUAGUAAUACUCCAAAUCUGCUUUCCAUUCCUCACCGCAAGAAAGACGCGACGCGAUCCCGUCAUCAACCAUGCAACAUUUUAAGUACCCUCAUCUUCUGUCCGCUGCAGCUUCCUGGUGCUUUAUGCUCAAGACGGUCGACGCAGCACACUUGUGAAAGGACUGUCCGGCCCAGCUUGCGCCGCUGCAUGCAGCAAGGGUGCCUCUCAUGCUCCAUAUAUCGCCAACAGCAUCAGCGCCAAAAUGCUGCCGACUGAUGAUGACUUCGACGAUGAUGACUUUGAAUUCGACGGCGAGGCUCUCGAGUCGGUGAUGAGCAUGAUCGAAAACGCGCAUACAGCGACGCAGCAGAUGACUGGUGCCCACAAUCAGAAGUCUCCCACACGAAAUGGUCGAUCAGGCAUUUCACAGGGUACUUCUGCUCGCCCAGCGGGCGCAUUUCGAAAUGCUCCAACCACCGUGGAGCAGGCAGACGCGAUACUCCGCGAGCCACUCGCAAAGCGUCCCCGACUAUAUGACCCAGAAAAUAGCUUUGAAGGGAAUAAAAAUAGCACUCCUGCCGUUCUUGAUAGCCUCAAAGCAGCCGUCAAAUCGACAAGUCAGUUUGGGCAGCGCCGGCCAUUACUGAGAAAGCACCCUGUACAUACUCCGACCGACUUUGACGAGAUCAUGCCAGAGAUCAGCGUCCGAGAAGAUGGUCAAUACGCAAUUGGUGGUACAGCAGUGCAAGAGCGACAAAACCUGGGAGUCAGUGCCAGAGGCGUGCGGCAGGUGUCGCCCGCAAAGCCUGCAGGACCCCAAGACCAGGCUAUCAUCGUACAGAACCCAGGACUUGCGUACAGGCCAGGUAUGCCACAAUUGGACGUCUUUGAGGGCGAUAAUGACGCUAUGUGGAAAGAUGGUGCGGCAUUGGAACAGCUGGAAGAGGAAGCCAUAUCUCUUAGCCAGCAAAACCAGUCAAGGCCAAACGGAACAACAGGAGGGAGUUCAAUACGACGGGAUGCAUCUUCUGCAUCUGCACCUUCACCUGCUAAUUGCAACAGCAAUCAACCCAAACAGGUCAAUAAUCAAAGCGCUGCCGCGGCGCGGGCCGCCAUGGAUCUCAACCGUGAAGCAUCGUAUCGCCGCCGCAUCGAGGCGCUGCAAAAACAGGUUGAGACAGAAAAGGAACGUAUCCAAAAGCUGGAGCAAAAGGCUAAAGAAGAAUCAUAUAAGGAACUCGGAGAAGUGAUGAUUCUCCGGCAAAAGACGCAGAAGCUUGAAACGGAGAAUUCUGAGCUUCGAAAACGGAUGGUGGAGAAGGAGGAUGACUACAAGAGACAAAUGGAAGAAGAGAGGCAGAAGAGCGUGCAGAGCAUGCAACAAAUGAGGACUGUUGAUGCAUUUGCCCGCUUUGAACGCGAGACUUCCCGCUGGCCAAACGUCACAAGAGCAGAUGUAGGGGAAAGACAUGUGUUGCACGGCGCGGCAAUAGGACUUGUCACGCCUUCGCGUCGGAAUCGCGAUACGGGUCCCGGAGAGGGUAGCACGGCUCGCGACCACUCAAGCCCACGGGUAAGGACGGAUGAUGACGACGAGAUGCAGCUGGAUAGUCACUCUCGCCGUCAGAGGCGGCGAACUGGCGAUGUUCAGCCAAAAGAGCUGGUCAAGGAGUUUCCCGGGCUGGACAAUUCAUUUGCGGCCGAGGCACUUGAACAAAAGCAAUGCCGCAGCAGAAAACCCGCUAGUAGCUCACCGUCCACGCCUACCAAAGCAAGAUCUCCCACGAAGGCGCUGAGUCAAGUGGAAAGUCAAAAGCCAUGUUAUGCUGGAGACGAGUUGCCUGCGAUGGAAUGUACCCCUCGCCACCACAGAAAGGAUGCUGCCUUGCCUUCUAUGGAAACAGCUAGGCUUCGGGACCCCACGCGAAUUCAUCAAUGGGCAACAUCACAGGUUGCGGCGCAGCACAUCGGCCUGGUUUCUUUCAUGCUCUGUCAUGAGUCGCUGCCGCAUACAAGACUAGCCGAUAUUCCUCUCACGAUCUACCACACGCAGGCAGACGGAUUGGCCCUCGCUUCCGACCCACAUCAGUCAUUUCAAGAUCACUGCCCCUACCCCAAGCCCCCAGAAUCUGCUUUGCAUUCGACAUUAACGCGUAUCGUCUCGGCGCGAUUGCCUCCCGGUAUCGAUUCUGUGGUUCUCGACUACCAUGCAAACGCACUGGAUGCAUUGAUGCAACGUCUCAUGCAUAGCCCUGCAGAAGUUGGUGGUCGGUUUUGGCAGCUCCGCACGCGCGAACCAUAUGCCACUGUGGAGGAGGCAGAGUCGGACUUUUGGGCUUUACAAAACGAGGUCAAAGCUGCUGCUAUGACCGAGCUGACGGACGCACUUGCUGUGCCGCUAAGGCAGCUACUAGGCAUCUUUGUGCGACUGUGCAUGAUGGACCUCUUCAACGAUCUGCUGCAGCUCUGUGCGGACACAUGUCGAGUGUUUCCUGCAUUGACAUCAUCUCUGAUGAACCAAAGCAUACAUAUACCUCAUAUGCCGGAGCUUUCGCUGUUGAACAUUCACAGGCGCCGUCUAGAUGGAACGCAAGCACUAGCCAGCCUCGACACGCAAGCAAGGCCUCGCAAUCCGGAGGCGACACCGACGAACGUUGCUGACAUCAUCUUUGAAGCGGUCAAGAAAACAUGGCGACUACCAAUAAGAGUCUCUUCGCCACGCGCUUACGCGCCUGGCCAGCAGCAUGCUUUCUGCGUCCAAUCGACUUGGUCCAGGCAGACCGGUUCUACCACACACGCAAAUCACAAAGAUGCGGUGCUUAAACGUUGCGAAGAGAUGCGGUGCCUACGCGCGUAUCAAGCGAGCGAGAUGCAGCACAGAGCAGAGCAAGCGUGGAGCAUGGGCGAGGACGUUGAAGAGGAGGUGUAUGAGGCAGUGCUUUCCUUUCUCUGCGGGAUGGUGUGCCAGCUCAAGACUGCGAUGGGGCAUUACACACUCGAAACUAUUGCUUCGCAUCCCGGCUUGACUACGUCCUUCCUCCGCCCGGAACGAGCGGCUCCGAACCUCAUCGCGGCCCUCGAUCUCCUCUUUGAGCUCAGCAAUGUGGAACAUGUAUGGGAACGUGUGAUGGGCUGCCAGUUCGACACCCAGUGGCAGAGUGGCAUCAGACCUGCUCUACUCAACAGCCAGCGGCCACUGCUCGACAUCCUCGCAAAGCAUCUCGUCGAUCGCCGUGUGGACCUCGAAACUGAAGAUGCCCACGCUGUUCAUGUCCGAGUGAUCAAGUUGUUGACGCUGCUCGCGCUCAAGCACAAGGACGCUCGCAUCGUGAUUGCAAAGUCGAAGUACCUGCUAGCUGCGCUCGUCAGCUGUUUGAGCGUGGAUACGACACUCUUAUGGAAUACUCGAGGUAUUUGUGACCAGGACGCAUUUCAAGCCGUGCUCCUCCGACUUUCCAUGGACCUCAACCUCAUGACACUUCUGUACAACGACGACACCGAGGUCGACGGAGAUCCUGUACUCCAUGAUCUCCGUACCUGUCUAGACCACCCGCACACGCAGGCCGCCCUGAACGGGGUCACACACAGCUUCAUCGUCUCGCUCUCGCGCAUCGCUUUCGCGGAAGAGCCAGAGUGGAUCCACAGCUUGCAUUCGCUCGAAAGCGAGCGGCGCAUGGAGGCGAUGGCUGAAGGCGCGAGCUCGCUGCUCGAGCUUGUACUUAGCCCCGAAGAGCUCGACGACGUGUGGCAGUUGCUGGCUGGCGAGGACGAAGAAGGAGGGGAGGGUGUCAAAGGAAAUGGAGGUCAGGAUGCAGACAUGGGAAUGACGAUAUUGAAUGUGGUUGGGAAACAAGGAGUGGCAAGAGUACGAGCUGGAUCAUUGAUUGACCUCACGCAGGACGAAGAGACGCUUUGAUCUGUAGCAGCACGGAAAUAGACGGGAGGCGUACUUGCAGUCACAGUCGAAGAAAGCAACAGCAUAUGUAUAUUAGACAUUCCAAGACAAAUUCACUGUCCAUAGAG